GUGGGCUACCUGGGCAUGGGCGCCGCCGUGCUGCAGGCGCUGGAGCGGCCGGUCGAGGUGCAGGCGGCCCAGCGCCUCCUCCAGGAGCGCCUGGAGCUGCUGGCCAACCACACCUGCCUCCAGGGGCCCGCCCUGCAGCGGCUCAUCGAGGGUAUCAUCCAAGCCUACAAGAGUGGCAUAACCCUCCAGGGAAACACCACUAGCCUGGGCAGGUGGGACUACAGUGGGUCUUUCUUCUUCUCCAUCUCUGCAAUAACAACCAUUGGCUAUGGGAACCUGAGUCCCAGCACUGCGGUUGGUCGAAUCUUCUGCAUCGUGUUUGCCCUUUUUGGAAUUCCCUUGAACCUCGUACUCCUGAAUGAAAUUGGGCAGCUGAUGCUGCUUGGGGUUCAGCAUUGUGCCCAUCGCCUAGAGGAGGUGUUUCAUUGGCAGAAUAAAGCUUCUCUCCUGAUGAAGACCUGUGCACUGGUAACUGGCUUGUUAUUGUUCCUCUUGCUACCUCCCUUGUUAUUCUCUGACAAAGAAGGCUGGUCCUAUGAAGAAGGCUUCUACUAUUCCUUCAUUACCCUCAGCACUAUAGGGUUUGGAGAUUAUGUGAUUGGGAUGAACCCAGAUCGCACCUAUCCAAGGUGGUACAAGAAUGUAAUCUCUCUGUGGAUCCUCUUUGGGAUGGCCUGGCUAGCACUGGUUAUCAAAUUUUGCAUCAACCUUCUAGAGAGCUCCAGUGACUUCUGUCAAUGCACCAAGAAGAGCACCGAGACGGCAGAAGACUUAAUGGAUGGUAAUAAAAAUAGUACAACAGGGCUUCACAAUGUGGACAUCUGCAAUGACAAAGACAGAAAAACAAAAGGACCGAGUGAAUCUCAUACCUACACUGCUCCUGCAGAAGCUCUCUAGGGAAGAAAUAUACCCUUGGUGUCCUAUAGGUUUCAGUGCACCAGAGAUGCACCAUUUAGAAAUGAGGGAGUGGAGCUGUCCUGACCUUCACAGGGGAUGAAAGCUUGCCUGUCGGCCUUGAAAUGCUUCUGUUCUGCAUUGUGCAAUGGCAAUAGAAUGUUUCAUUUCCAGCACCACCAAGGAUUGCCAACAGGACUCCUAGCCAAAAGUAGAUUGAUGGAGAUAUUACCUGCCCUCCCACCUCAAUAUAUGAAGUAACCUUUGACAUCGAUUUGCAACAUCAACUCUUGUCCUGUUCUUUGCAUGCAAAGUUCUUGCAGCCUCUGGUCGCUGUGUCUGUGUCUGCCAGUGUGUGGCAUUUUGCAGAUGCUGCAGCUAGAAAAGCAAGUGCCAUUUAAUGAAGGAAACAAACAGCAUGCUGCUAAAAGACUUAAAGAAAAGCACGAUUUAAAGGUAUUUGUCUGUCACGUGCACCAUCACCUGAAUGUCGUGAAAGGUGGCAAUGAGCUUUUACUCUCUUAUCACUAGUAUAUGGAUGGCAAUGAGACAGAGCUUGUAGAGGUGUUUAGUAGAAACAGAUAAUUCAGGUUUUUUUAAAGCAGUUUCUACAUCAGAGGUCCUCUAAUAUUAAAAAGAGACUAGGUCAGCUAUUCCUUACUUCAGAACUUACAUAGGUUCAUCCUUUGUAAAGUAUUAUGUAGACCAAAUAUCAUAAGCAAUUCAUUUAGAUUAUUUUGCCUCAUCUUUGAAGUCAGAAAAGGAGGACUUGAGGCAUUUUAAGUGGCAGUAGUUCCAACAUUAUCCUGUGGCCAGUGUUAACAAGGACUACCUUAAUCUAGAAUCAGAUUGAAGUAUCUUCAACUGUGAUCAAGAGAUGCUGUUUUGGUGAACUUCUCAUGUUAUACAUUAAUAGUGUACCACUUCUAUCUAACACCUUCUAUAUAAUCACAACUGUCUGAUCUGUGGAAUGCCAGACCUGCUUAUUUGGCCUUUGUGUCAGUCAUGAAACAGAACGGUUUGGAGUUUUUUAAUUCCAUUAAAUUCUCAAAAAUCUUCUGAUACAUUGUGUCAUUGAUAAAGGCACAACAGAGUCUAAGUCAUGCUGCCAUUUGUAUUCCCAUAUCUAGUCUUCUUAUUUUCUUAUUCCUGUUGUGCUACUUGCAUCCUAGAACAUUAACUUUGAAAACUUGACCAUAGCAGCAAACCAGAAUGAAGCAUUUGGGUGACCCUUCAGCUUUUGCACUGAACCCAAAUUCCAUAUGAAUGAUAGAGAAAAGACCGAAAACUGAGUCCGCUGGAGUAUGCAAUUCAGGAAUUAAAAAUAUCCAUAGCUAUAUUCACAGAAAUGUGAGUGUAAAGUUUACAGUCUUCAGGAACACAAAUCUGGAAGAUAUAUUGUGAAAAAAGUGUUUCCACAUAUAGGCCAGUCAGAGAAUUGAUACGUGGUGGAACUGAUUACAGGAGAAAAUGCUGGAAGGAAAUCAGCUGGGUGAAAUUUAGUCUGUCAACCUUUUGCUAAUUGCAUAGUAGUAAAUAUUCUCUCAAAUACUGUUUGAAUAGGCAGCAAAGAUCAGGAAGGGAGGCAGUGAACAUCUUGGAUCAUAUGGAUGCAAAAAAAAUACAUUUCAAAUUUUUGAACAUGGGGAAAUUUCUUUAACAGCCUUUAUAAUAAACUUUUUUGUUUCUUCUGUGUUUCAUCUUGCUUAUUUUCACUGAUGGAUGUACAGUGUAGGUUUUACUUAUGUCAUAAUGGGCUGGCCUACACAAAGACCAAAGUUUAUUUCUUUAAACAUCAGUAAAUCACAAUUCCACAGCAUAAAACAUGAUGCCCUUUUAUCCAUAUCUUUUGCACCCUUUUUCACAUGCAAAACUUAGUAAAUGUAACUGUAUUGUAAAAUCUGGGUGUCCAAAAGAUAGUAGGAGAUUCUACUGUUGAAGCACAGGAAUGACUAUGCUAAUUCUGUUUCAACUUCAGCUUGAACUGUCAGAGAUUCCGGGGGUUUCUGUCAGCUCUGCUCUUUGAUGAGAGGGCUUAUCUUGAGAUGAGUUUCAUCUUUUAAAUUUGACUGUUUA